CUGUCUGUUUUCGACUGCGUCAGCGAGGUAGACAACUCGUUAAUGAAAGGUUUUGAAUGCAACACGGUGAGCUGCGGGACAUUUGUUGUGGUUUAGAACUCACAAAGGCAGCAGAAGUAGCAUUGCCGAAGCCAUGUCUUUUUCACGGGCACCUGUGAAACGAUUUAAUGAUGAAAUUGGUUGCGCCCCUGCUCCGGGCACAUACGACGUGAAGACUGGUGGAGCCAAGGCGGGUGCUGUUUCAUUCCAGAAAGCAGAACGCUUCAAGCCCGUCAAACCUGACGCUGCCGCUGCACUACAGUCACCGAGGAUGGAUGUUCCUGCCUCCCCAAUUCGUCGAACAAUGUCUGUCGACGGUUUGUCUGAGGCAGCAAGCGCCAAGAAAGAAAAGGCUGGUAUGUCCAUACAUAUGAAGCAACAGAAACUACUGGAGAAAGAGAUCCGGUCUCUGGUGCAGCAGAAAGGGGAGCAGGACCGCCAACUGCAUGCCCUGGAGGAAGAGGUGAAGAAGCUGGAGGCCAAACUGCUGGUGGCCACCAGAGAGAAAACGGGCCUGGCCGCCAACGUGGCCUCACUGGAGAGGCAGCAAGGAGAGCUGAAGAAGACCAACGAAUUCCUGAAGAACAAGUUUUCAGCUGACACAUCAAAGAAAAAGAUCAACGCUCUCAGUAUGGAACUGAUGGAAGCAAGGAAUAAACUAGAUGCCAAAGAUAAGGAACUGAGUUUCCUUCAAAUAAGUCUGGAAGGCAAAGUCAAGAUUUUAGAGGCAGAUCUCUCAGCUUCCAGGGCCACACUCGCUGCCCUCAAGGAGAGAAAUGACGACCUGGAGGACCUUCACAAGGAGACGAAGUCACAUAACGAAGAGCUUGAAACAGAGAUGGACAAACUUCAUGGUGUGAUUCAGGAACUGAGGGAGGAGAUCAAGGUUCUUCAGGAAUACCUGGAUACCGCCAAUGAGGACAUUCUGGACUUGCGCAGCAAGCUGAAGGCCUCCCAGAAGGCCUUGGAGCGGCUAGAGCAGCAGAAGGAGAACGGCAGCGACGAGCUGCAGUCCUCCCAGCACGCCGUGCGGCAGCAGGAGCAGGAACUGGCUCGGCUCAGGGUGGUGCUGCGGCGCACGGAGGAGGAGCUGGACCAGCGCGUGGCUCACCUCGGAGAGCGGUGCCUGGUGCUGGAGGACGAGAGAGCUAGGACCCAGGAGGAGGGCCUGCGGCGCGUACAGGAGCUGAAAACGGAGAUCAGCACCCUGGAGGAGAGCAGACGAGCAGAGCAGAGGGAGUUGGAGGAGCUGAAGGAGAGCCACAGCACUCUGGCCACCCAGCUGGGAGAGGAACAGGAGCGUAGCCGCUCGCUGAAGGCCACUCUGGAGCGGGAGUGGGACCUGGCGGCGGCGGAGCGACGUCGCCUGGAGGCCGAGCUGGAGGAGGCGCUGGACGAGCUCUCCACCCUGGAGGCGCAGGAGCUGCGGGGGGAGGAACGGCUGCACAGCCUCCAGGGCUGCAACCAGGCGCUCCAGAGCGAGCUGGACCGCGCCAGAGAGCAGCUCCACAGGCUGUCCCAGUCGGAGGUUGAUCGGAGCGGUACGGAGGAGCGUCUGUCUCAGCUGGAGGCUCAGCGGAGCGGUGCGGAGGAGCGUGUGCGUGCGCUGGAGCAGGAGGUGGCGCGGCUCAGCCAGGCGCUCCAGGAGGAGCAGCAGCGGCAGGGCUGCCUGCAGCAGACGCAGGAGAAGGCCAGGGAGGAGUACGCCCGAAUGCUCCUGGAGGCCCGCACACAGCUGUCGGAGAAAGAGGAAGAGCUGGAGUGUGCCCAGGAUGCCCACGGCCGUGCCCUCAGUGGCCUGCAGGGGGAGCUAGACCAGCAGCAGAGCGCGCUCGCAGAGCUGCAGAAGGAGAGAGAGGAGAGGAGCAAGGCUCUGGAACAGCUGGAGGAGGAGAGAAGGGGCAUCCUGGAGGAGCUAGAGAAGGAGAGAAAGGAAAAGAGAAGUUCCAUAGAACAGGUGGAGGAGGAGAGGGGCAAGGUGCUGGAACAGCUAAAGGAAGAAAGGAAUUGUGCCUUGGAACUGCUGGAGAAGGAGAGGGGGGAGAGAAGUAGCACACUUGUCAGUCUAGAGAAGGAGAGAGAGGAGAGGAAAGCUGCCCUGGAACAGCUGCAGAAGGAGAGAGACGACGUCAUGGAAGAGCUGGAGAGGGAGAGAAGGGAAAGGAUCAGCUCUCUAGAACAGUUUGAGAAGGAGAGGAGCGAUGCACUGGAACAGUUAGAAAAGGAGAGAGAGGAGAGGAGUCAUGCCCUGGAACAGCUAGAGACGGAGAGAGAGGAGUGGAAAUCCACCCUGGAACAGCUAGAGAUGGAAAAGGGCCGCAUCAUCGAGGAACUAGAAAAGGAGAGGGAGGUGAGGAGCAGUUCUCUAGAACAGCUAGAGGAGGAGAGGAGCAAGGCUCUGGAACAGCUAAAAGAGGAGAGAAGUAAUGCACUGAAACAGCUGGAGAAGGAGACAGAGGAAAGAAGUCGUGCUUUAGAACAACUGGAGAAUGGCAGGCAAGAGAGAGAGAGCAUCCUGGCUGAGUUGGAGAAGGAGAGGGAGGAGCGAGGCAGCAUCCUGGCUCAGUUGGAGAAGGAGAGGGAGGAAAAAAGUUUUGCUUUAGCACAACUGGAGAACGACAGGCAAGAGAGAGAAAGCAUCCUGGCUGAGUUGGAGAAGGAGAGGCAGGAGAGGGCUCGGCUGGAGCAGAGGAGGAGGGACUCUGCAGAGGGGCGCUUGGGCAAGGCCAGUCGUCUCGAGGCCAUGGUGGAGUCCCUGGAGGAGGGCUGUGCUGAGCUCCAGAAGAGGCUGGAGGAGUCGGAGGAGGACCGGAGGGUGCUGGAGGAGCAGAUGGAGAAGCUGCAGCAGGAGAGGCAAGAGAUGGAGACCAGGCUCACACAAGCCCUCCAACAGAGCUCAAAUGAUGCGGAGAUGGAGAAGUGGAGAAGCCUGUAUGAGGAGCUGUCUGCUAAAGUUCAGCCGUUCCAGGAGCAGCUGGAUAACUUUGCGGCGGAGAGGAGUGCGCUCCUGAGCGAGAAGGGGGCCACACAGGAGGAGCUCACCCGGUUAGCCGACGCCUACGCCCGCCUGAUGGGCCAUCAGAACCAGAAGCAGAAGAUCAAGCACGUGGUCAAACUCAAGGAGGAGAACUUUGACCUUAAAGAGGAGGUGUCUAAGCUCAGGUCCCAGGUCUCAAAGCAGAAGCGUGAGCUGGAGCAGCUGAGGCCGAGCCAGGCUCCACGUUUCGACCCCAGCAAGGCUUUCAAGCAUGACCACAAGGAGAACCAGCGCCCCCCCACCACCACCACCCUCAAAGCUGGUAAGCGCCCAUCAGCUGCAGCCCACUCCACACGGCCCAAGCAAAUGGCAACCAACAGCCAGCCCAAGCAUCUAAAGGCUACAGACCUGUAAUUUAAAGGCAGAGCGCAG